AUGAAUGUGAACAAUGUGGAAAAGCUUUCACACGGAAGGGCCAUCUUGCUGAACAUCAGAGAAUCCACACUGGAGAAAAAUCUUUUGGAUAGAAUCCACAGUGGAGAGAAACCUUUUGAAUGUCAGCAAUGCGGAAAGGCUUUCACACGGAAAGGCCAUCUUGCUGAACAUCAGAGAAUCCACACUGGAGAGAAACCUUAUGAAUGUAAACAAUGUGGAAAGACUUUCAGAAUGAGGGGCCAUCUUGCUAUUCAUCAGGGAAUCCAUACUGGAGAGAAACCUUUUGAAUGUAAACAAUGUGGAAAGGCUUUCACUCAAAGGGGCUAUCUUUCCAUACAUCAGAGAACCCACACUGGAGAGAGACCUUAUACAUGUAAACAAUGUGGAAAGGCUUUCGCACAGAGCUGUAAUCUUGUUGAACAUCAGAGAAUGCACACUGGAGAGAAACCUUAUGAAUGUAAGCAAUGUGGAAAGGCUUUCACCCGGCGGGACUGUCUUGUCAAACAUCAGAGAAUGCACACUGGAGAGAAGCCUUAUGAAUGUAAACAGUGUGGAAAGGCUUUCACACAGAGGAGCCAUCUUGUAAUCCAUCAGGGAAUCCAUACUGGCGUGAAACUUUAUGAAUGCAAACAAUGUGGAAAGGCUUUCACACAGAGGGGCCAUCUUGCUAAGCAUCAGAGAAUCCACACUGGAGAGAAACCUUAUGAAUGCAGACAAUGUGGGAAGGCUUUCACACAAAGGAGCCAUCUUGCUAAGCAUCAGAGAAUUCACACUAGAGAGAAAUUAUGA